CGAGAUUCUUCAAUCUAAAAGAAGUAUACUACUCGUGCUUUCACACUGUUAACUCUCUACCCCACCCCAAAAAAUUUUUUUGUUUCAGAUUGGCAGAAGCUCUAGACAUGGAACCUACAGUAAUGCCAGAGGAUGGCCACACAACCAGGGUUACUACUGUGGGGGAAUCAUCAUUAACAAAUUCUGAUGAAGACACCAAAGCAUUUUAUGAAAGCUUGCCUGACCUUAGAGCUUUUGUUCCAGCUGUGCUUCUGGGAGAAGCAGAACCCAAGGCUAAUAACCAUUCUCCGAAGUCACAAGAGAAACCAUCUGAUUCACAUGAGCCAGACCAAAGUCAGAGCGUUAGCCAAGAACCUGUAGAGGCUUCCCGUGAAGCUGCAGUUGUUCAGGAGGGGAACAAUGAGAAAGCCAAAGACAAAGAUGCAAAAGAAAAGGAAAAGUGUAAGGAUCCUGAAAAAGAGAAAGGAAAAGACAAAGAUGCUGAAAGAAAAAUAGAAAAUGAAAAGGAGAAACUUAAAGGACUAGAGGGGACAAACUUGGAUGGUAUGUUGCAGAGGCUUCCAGGAUGUGUGAGCCGAGAUCUAAUUGAUCAAUUAACUGUAACCAUCUGUUCCAGCCUUGUCUUUUCUCUUUAUAUAAUUUUUCUACUGUGAAUACAUCUAGUUUGUUCGUGAAGAUUUUGGUAAAUAUGCAUUUUCUAUUUUCCAGGUAGAAUUUUGUUAUU